GCGGGCGCGGCGCGGGCGGCGCGGGGCGCAGUGGGCCGGGGCCCGGGCGCGGCGGCGGCGGUAAAGGAGCACGGCGACGAGGAGAAGGAAGACGAGGAGGAGAUGGCACACGCGGGGCCCGCACGUGGAGGCCGGCACGGGGGCGCGGGCAGGGCCGGCUGCUGAGACGCGCUGCUGCCCCCCGCGCGGGCACCGCGGCUUCAAUGGCGCCAUCGCCCAGGACCAGCAGCCGGCAAGAUGCGACCGCCCUGCCCAGCAUGUCCUCAACUUUUUGGGCGUUCAUGAUCCUGGCCAGCCUGCUCAUCGCUUACUGCAGUCAGCUGGCCGCUGGAACCUGUGAGAUAGUGACCCUAGACCGGGACAGCAGCCAGCCACGGAGGACGAUCGCCCGGCAGACAGCGCGCUGUGCAUGCAGAAAGGGGCAGAUUGCAGGUACCACGCGAGCCCGGCCUGCUUGUGUGGACGCACGAAUUAUCAAGACAAAGCAGUGGUGUGACAUGCUCCCCUGCCUGGAGGGGGAAGGCUGCGACUUGUUAAUCAACCGGUCAGGCUGGACUUGCACACAGCCCGGAGGGCGGAUAAAGACCACCACGGUCUCCUGACAGUCGCAGCCCCUGCGGUGCCCCUGGGAGUGGCCGUGGCUCCCUGGAGAUUCUACACCUCAGCCACAGUCCUCCAUCCCGUGUGGACACCGCCUGUACUCCACAUACCCACAGUUUCCCAGAGGCCUAACCAGGACAGCCCAAUUCCUCGUAGCUCUGAGCUCAAGUCUGUCCAGCUGAACCCAGGAGGCCGGGACUCAGACCCACAGGUCAGGGGUGGUGCCAGGAAUCAGCAAUACCUGGUGUGUGGAGCCUGGCUGCACCCACCCUCCAUAGCCACUUGCUCCCUGGAGUUGGAGAACAAGAACAAGGAGGCUGCAGCCCAGCCAGCUGAGCCACAACGCAAGGUCCGGGGACUGUCGGGUGCAGAAGCCACCACUUCCUGUGUCCCAGACUGUCUGAAUCACUUUUAUUUUCUUAUACUUUCAGUAUACUCAAUAGACCAAAGAGCAAAUCUAUUUUAACGUGGACGCAUCCCUGCUGCCAAGAGUUCCCGGGUUUGAUUGUGGGGCGGGGGAGGGCACAGUGGCAGACAUGCUGGUGGCCCAGGCAGCAUGGAGAGGCCAUCCGAGGCCAAGACCCCCGCCCCACGAACACUGCAGCGUGCUCUAGAAAGAUGGCUUUGCCCAGAAGGACACCACUGUGGGGCACCUGCAGGACGCAGCCGGGGCGUGGCCGGAGACGGCCCCCAGCGGACAGCAAGGGCCCCUGACACAGACCCUCUGCCCCUGUGCUUAGACCAACUCUGUCGUACUAAAAUCACUUUCUGUUUUAACCAGUUAGACAUGCCUCUUCCACAGCUCCAUUUUUGAUAGUUGGAUAAUCCACCAUUUGCCAAGAGCAUGCUGGGUCUCCCGUGACUGCUAUCUCAUCUGAUACACCAUUUAGCUCCAGAAAGCAAAUUAAAGAAAACUGAAGUAACCCUGUUUGAAAGAGAUCAUUAAAUGUAUUUUGCAAAA